AUGACCACCCUCAUGUCAGAGCAGGAGUCGUACAGAGGAGAGCAGGAUUCCGAUCUCACUGGGCAGUGCGAGCGGUCUUUCAGCGGCGAUACGAGAGAGGGCAGUCAUCCUGUCAGCUCGGUCGACGAGAACCUUUUGAUCAAGAUCUGGAGCGGUUCCUGGCUUUUCUUGCUGGACACUCGCUCACGAUCGCACACACUCUUUUAUCUUUUCCCCCCUCCAAACGCACGCAAAGGCUGCUGCACUAGACCGGAGGCACCGUGUCCAGACAUCUACACACGCUCUGCUUGA